UGUCUGCGCGCCUCCUCACGGACUCGACGCGUACCGCCAUGUCCGCCCCAUCCGCCUCGCCGCCGCCCGCGCUGCGCCCCGGCGCGCCCAAGCCGCCCCGCACGUUCGUGAGCCCGACGGUGCACUCCCCGCCGCUCGUCUCGCUCGCGGAGGGGAACGCGGCGUUCAACAACCUGCACUUUUGGGGCAUCAUCGUCGCGACGCCGUGGCUCGUCAAGGCGUUCGUGCUCCCGCUGCUCUUUUGGCCCAUCUCUGUCGUCACCACCACGCUGUUCGGCUUCCAGCCGACGUUCGGGUUCAAGACGUACCUGUUGCUGUUUGCCCUGCUGGGCUUCCCGGUCGCGGUCGCGUACUGGUGGGUCAUCAGCAAGGUGGGCCCGAGGCUGGACGAGAAGGUGCCGGUGGAGCGGAAGCCGCUGGAGGAGUUCUUCGAGAUUAGGGACGCGGCGUUCGCGGAGGAGUGGAAGGACAAGAAGGUUCCGAUGCAGAUCCUGCACGACGCCUACUUUGACGGCAAGGUCGACUUUAAGGGCGACGUCCUGGAGACGCUCGAGCACCGGCAAGAGUUCGCGUCCUUCGAGUUCACCUACGAGCUCUUCCGCUAUGUCUUCUGCAACUUCUUCCCCGAGGUCAUCAUGCACUCGCAGAACCAGGACGAGAACCAGAUACGCGACAACUACGACCGCGGCAACGACUUUUACUACUGGUUCCUCGGUCCGCGCAUGAUCUACACGUCUGGCGUGAUUCGCGACCCGACGCGGAAGGAGACCCUCGAGGAGCUUCAGGACAACAAGCUGCAGCUGGUGUGCGAGAAGUUGGGGUUGAAGCCGGGCGAGACUCUUCUUGAUAUCGGAUGCGGCUGGGGCACGCUCACGGCCUACGCGGCGAAGAACUACGGCGUCGACGCGACUGGUGUCACCCUCGCGCGCGAGCAGGCGGCGUUCGGCACGGAGCGGAUCGCGAAGGCUGGACUCACCCCGGACCAGGCCCGCAUCCUCUGCCACGACUACCGCGAGAUCCCGGCCGGCAAAAAGUUUGACAAGAUCGUGAGCUUGGAGAUGGCUGAGCACGUCGGCGUCCGCCGGUACCACGUCUUCCUGAACCAGGUGUACAACCUACUCGAGGACGACGGCACGUUCUUCUUCCAGGUGUCGGGCAUUCGCGCGCGCUGGCAAUUUGAGGAUUUGGUAUGGGGCCUGUUCAUGAACAAGUAUGUCUUCCCGGGUGCCGAUGCGUCAUGCGCGCUCGGCUGGGUCAUCAACAAGCUUGAGCAAGCUGGCUUUGAAGUGAAGUCCGUCGACGUCCUCGGCUGCCACUACUCCGCGACGCUCUGGCGCUGGUACGAGAACUGGCUGGCGAACAAGGAGAAGGUGCUGGCGAAGUACGGCGAGCGCUGGUUCCGCGUCUGGGCCUUCUUCCUUGCGUGGAGCGUGAUCGCGAGCCGGCAGGGGAGCGCGAGCCUGUUCCAGAUCACGCUGCACAAGAAUUUGAACGCGUACCCGAGGGUGGAGGGGAUUGCGAGCCAGCAUGGGAUUCAUGUGCAGUCGGACCAUGAGCUGGUGCCGAUUGAUGAUGAUCCGGAGUUUUGAAAGGCGGGGGGGAAUGUUUAGAGGGGAAUGGGGGAGGGAGGG